AGCUCCUUAGGCACUACAAAAGCUACACUAUAACAAAAUGCAUGUUCUUCAACUAUGAAAAUGAAGCUUUGGCUGUGCAUCUUCUCACGACGUGGCUACUAAAACUAAUACUAACUUUUUCUACGAGGACUGAGAUGUGAGUCAGUCGUCCACCGUGAUGUCCUCUUCCUCAUCGCGUGUAAGGAAGCACGGACGGGGAGGCAACUACGAUCAGGUGGCCGCAAGAGCAGGGGAUGAAGACGUUGAUGUCGGAGGUGGUGAAGAAAUUUUAUGGCUUAACUAAACUAACAACAGCACUAAACUGAUUGAGCUAAACGCUGAGUAAAGUCCAAGUAGCUAACUACAGCGACGUAGUUCGUUCCAGUUGAAUUAAAAAGUAGAAGCUAAGAACAGCGUAAGUUGUACAUAGUCAUAGAGACUUUUUUUUUUACUCUAGUACACCUCGUACUCCUGUUUCUUCACGCUAAGGUCUUCCCAAGAACACGAGGAUGGUGAAGCAACAAGAGCUUUACUGACAGGGCGGACGCGGCGAGGUCGACUCAGUAAACGAAUCGUAAGCAAACAUGUUGGACUCGAGGACGAAGAUGGCGAACCACUCCUGGGAUCUACUUCGACUGAACAACAAGAAGACGAGGCCAUCGUAAGUCUUCCAAUACAUCAGACAUCGAAAACGAGUACAUGUACUACAGCAAGUACCAGAAGCACUGCGAACAAGAAUAAGAAAGCACAUCCACAUAGAGCAGAGGCGUUUGAGGUGGAAGACGAAGGCGACCGUGUUGGAUCUUCCUCGCCGAAGCACAAGCAAA